CUGACCAAUAGAUCAAAGACAAUCCAGACUCCUCCCUCCACACAACGUCACCAGAUCCCGAUCUCUCCCGGAGCUUCUGGGAGAGUCAGUAACACUGAGGCGGCUGAGCGGCGGGGAGCUUCGCCAAGCGGGACAAAGCUCCGUUGUGUUUCAUCCGAAAACCCGAGCAACUUCGGAUCGAUUCAUUUGUCCGACUCCGAUCAACUUCGCCGGUCCAGCAGGGAGGAGAAGGGGGCGAACGCACGGAGCUAAAACAAGGGAACGGUGUCAAGUCACUUGCGGACAGAAGGCGACAUAUCUGUGGACACACUCUUCCAAGUGUUGGAAAGUUCCCCGGGAGGACCCCCACUCUCUCGCCGGCCUCGUUGCGUGUGACGCGGGGAGAGUUGUGCAGCAGCAGCAGCUCCGGUGGAUGGAGCAACAAAGGCUGGAUCUAUUUCCCCACGCGUGCUUAUUCCGAAACACCCCAUUUUAAACAGAUACUAAUCUACCCUGCAGCCCUUUCGCGGAUCGGGAGACCGCAUCUCAGCCGAGGUCGCCGCUUAGAUUGGUGCUCCGAGCAGCGCACGUCGACUUUUGCGACUUGGAAGUGGAAUUUGCAGAAGUUGCGGGCUUUUCUCAGCCUCCAUCCGGAUAAAUCGAGGGUGCCAUGGCGGUGUGUGUAGGGAUGUGGAUGCUGCUGCUGCUGGCGCUGCACGUCCAAGGUGGAAGUGGUCAGUCGGUCCAGAUGGACUCCAGCAAGUCCGGCUUUGUGGGCUCUCAGGUGGAGCUGCGCUGCAUCUUCAGCAACAGCAACCCGCCGGUCAAGAUCUCUCAGGUCACCUGGCAGAAGCUGCUCAACGGCACCAAGCAGAACGUGGCCAUCGCCAACCCGGCGCUGGGCGUGUCCGUGCUGCAGCCCUUCAAGGAGCGCGUCAUCUUCAAGCAGGCUGCCGUGCGCCACCGCACGCCCUCUCUGGAGGACACCACCAUCGUGUUCUCCAACCUGCAGCUGUCGGACGAGGCGGCGUACAUCUGCGAGUACACCACCUUUCCUGCCGGCAACCGAGAGAACAUGGUCAACCUGACGGUGUACGCUCGCCCCAUGACUCGCAUGACCCUGACGACCCCCACCAUCGUGGCCCGGUCUCAGCGCCGCAAGAUGACAGUGGCCACCUGCGUGUCGGCCAAUGGGAAGCCCCCCAGCGUCAUCAAGUGGGACACCAGGUUGAAGGGCGAAGCCACUUUCCAGGAGACCCGCAACCAGAACGGGACAGUGACCGUGCGAAGCAACUACGUGGUGAUCCCGGGCCGCGAGACGCACAAGCAGAAGCUGACCUGCAUCGUCACCUACCGCAACGAGCAGAUCAAGGACAGCGUGGUCCUCAACGUGCAGUAUGAACCGGAAGUGAAGAUCGAGGGCUUCGAUGGAAACUGGUACCUGAACCGCCAGAACGUCCAGCUGACCUGCCGAGCCGACGCCAACCCGCCUGUGACCAUCUACCAGUGGAAACUGCUGAACGGCUCCAUCCCCAGCAACGUGGAGAUCAAGAACAACACUCUGUUCUUCAAGGGGCCCGUGACCUACGAUCUGGCCGGCAGUUACGAGUGCCGCGCCACCAACGGCAUCGGGACCCGCACUGGCAUCGUCGAUGUCAAUAUCACAGAAUUCCCUAACCACCCGACACCUGGCCCUGAGAUCCCAGAGCAGCAGAGCAAUCCGGCCGCCGCCAUCGGGGGCGCCGUAGGUGGCGUAGCUCUGUUGGGCGUGGCGGCCAUACUGCUCUUCGUGUUCCUCCGCCGCCGUCAGCGCACCUUCAAGGGAGACUACAGCACCAAGAAGCACGUGUUCGGCAACGGCUACAGCAAGGCCGGCGGCCUCCCGGCGCACCCGCCCAUGCCCAAGAACCUGCAGUACCCAGACGAUUCGGACGACGAGAAGAAGCCGGCGCAAAUCGGCGUGACGGGCGGGUUUGAGGGCGGGGAGCGCGAUUUCGACCACGAGGCCGAGGACCUGAAGAGGCCCUAUUUCACUGUGGACGAGGGCGAAAGCAGAGAUUACGACGAGCGGACUCUGGCUUUCCAGUACGACCCCGAGCCCGAGAUAGCCGACGACAUGAUCUCUCAAACCGACGGCUCUGUCAUUUCCAAGAAAGAGUGGUACGUGUAGUGGCAUGAGGCGACCCGACCGAGCGCCCCCCACUCCUUCACCUUCACACCCAUCACUGUACCCUCCCCCACCCGCACCCCCACUCCUCUUGGGCUCCCCCGACUUCCUCAUCGCCAUCCUACUAAUGAAAGAAAACCAAGCAAAGCGCUCACAACAUCGACGGUGUCGACUCCAUCCGGUGAUGGGACAAACUUUUAAGAGACUCUGACCGCUGCGGUCAGAAAGGUCAGCGGCUCAUCGGUGUGUUCUGUCCGUGACAUUUUUAUUUUGAUCGACUGUAUUAAAUGUACAAAAGAGAUUGGUGGAGGUUUUGUUUGCUGAGCACAUUCGUGAAAGUCCGACACUGGAUUUGUUUUUAUCAUUGUUUGUUGUUUUUCUUACAAUGUCUUUUUGUAUUUUCUUUUUUUUUUAAAGUGACCAGAGAUUUGAGUGAACUGUGCGUGACAUAUCUACAGGUGGGAGUUUCAAUGUUUGUCAACCAGUGAUGAAUUGAGAAUGCUGUGAGGUUCUUUGUUGUCCAUCGAAUGUCACUUUGGGUUCAAGUCAUUGCGUUUUCCCAUCGGCGGGGCCAAACUCUUCUCGCGGCCGGGUGGUGUGAGCCUGUAAAACACAAUUGUCCACCGGCACGUGGACACUUGGAUCCAACGCCUGACUCUAGUCUCGAUCCUCACCGUACCAAAACACCCCUUAGUUAGCUUUUUCCAAACUCAGAAACUUCCUUCUGACUGAACAUGCUACUGCAUCAGCCACCAUUGCCUGGAUCACGUUCAGCCCUAUAGGGUCUUGUGACGGGAAAACGGAGGCUUGAAGAUCCCAGGGUUGUUUGGCCUUCCCUCUGAGGGAACUGCCCUUGCUAGCAUGAGUCAUGUUAACUAGAGUCCAUAGCUAGAACGUGGGCGAAUGUUCCAACCCACCUGGGUAGCAGGUCCGGUUUUGUGCGUUCAACAACAAUUUUAUCCGCCUCCAUUUCUUUAAGGAAGUGUCACAAUGCUAGCCAGGCUAUGCUAACAGAAUACUUUCGUUGAGGUCUAGGAAGCAGUAGCCUUGGAUCAAAAUCGGUCCCGAGGUUUUAGCGCUGGUUAGCCACACUCCAGAACGUGUUGCUACACCACCCUCAGAAAUCAAGUUUCUGAUGAUCCAUCUGGCGAACGACACGGAGAGAGGCGUCAUGGCGUAGCCUAGCAUGCGUGUCAGUCGCACCACCCAUCUGUCGAGCUCCUGUCGCCCUCGCUCUCUGGACGUAGGAAUCCCAGAACACGAGAGAGUUUGCCAUGAAUGGCCGCAACAGAAGACGUGCAGCGCGACACCAAACCUGCAAUAACGCUCUGAAUUAUCACUUGAACAGGUUUGUGUGUCUGUUGUGUACAUAGGCAUCACCGUCAUAACUAUGUUUUGUACUAACCAUUUUUCUAAUCAAACGGAUGUCGCAGGAAGAGUGUCCGACUUUAAUAACUGGUGUGACCAGCAGAGGUUUUCUACUCGGGAGUCGUCCACAGACAGGGAGGGGGAGGGGCAUGACGGAAGAGGCGUCUUAAAGGGAAAUUGAAAAUUGAACGGUGGCCAUGUUUUGUUUUUGAGAAGUCACCUGCUGCUUUCCUUGUUUCAGUGGCUGUAGAGGGAGCGUGUCGGACGAGCGGUCGACUGUCUCCUUUAUAUUUGCAGAGGGGGCUGCUACGUUAUCUAUGGAUCAGCCUGGUUCCUUUUUUUUAUCUCAGACAAGUGCCAGUAGUUGAAAUCUACACCACGACAUCUGACUCAGCACUGUAUUGUUCCGUGCAUGCCUCGUGUGCCGUCGCAGCCGUUCGCUAUGGUUAGCGUUUUUUUAGAAAUGUCAGUUUGUCUCCAACAAUCGGCGACAAUAAAUCAGAUCCGUUUUCAUCCCGGGAAUAUCUAUGUCUCUGAUAGACAUGUCGGCUCUUCAUCUUCACAUGAUGCUAGCUAGUGCCGCGCCUCAUCGCUUUUCAUGUUACGGGUGAAAACAUCGUCAUACAAUUGGAAAACUGUGUGAGUGUUUACUUGGCAGACUCUUGUAGCUGCUAGUAACGCUAGCCGUUAGCAACCACUGCCCCGGUUUGAUUUCGGACAAUGUUUUCAUGGCUUUCUUUUAGAUGCUAAUUUUGGCAUCAAACCAGUUCAACUGGGCGUCAGCAGAAGUCAGUCUUAGCUCCUAGCUUUAGCGUCAUCAAAAGGUUUCCUGAAAACGUUUGUUGAUCAAUAAGAAAAUAAAUGAUGCAGCAUUAUGUUCUAUCUUAAAUCAUGCAGAGAAAACUCUUAGUUGUUGGUUGCUAAUCGCUAACAAUGUGAUGGACGUGAAAACGUUUCGAUUUCGUAAACAACCAGAGCUGAGACCUGAUUUACUGAAAAUCAGAAUUGUGGCUCACGAUUGAGCAAAGUAAAAGUAUUUUUGUUUUAAAUAUGACCGUUGUGUACGGUUUUAAAUGCUUGCAGUAAUUUAUCUCAUCGAAAAAGGACGGUAAUGAAAAAUGCUAAUUGGAAAUGCGAUGUUGUGCGGGCGUUACUGAGGGUUCGAACAGUCGGAGCUGUAAAUUGAACCUGAAGGUGACAACGUCUCGGUGGUUCACGGGACCGUCCCCCAGCUGUGAGGCCGCAUGCUAACGUUUCCUUCUCUCAUCCCUCACCAUUUGGAUCUUAUGUCCAAAGCUAGCGUGUGGUCUGUUCUUUCACUAGAAAUGCUAAAAAAAUGACAAGGUCCGCUUCCUAAUUUUAACUUUUUUGUCGUUGUUUCCGGUGUUAGCGAGGCUUCAUGGAAGAGCUAGCUCUUCAGGAAGCUAACCGUGACACUUAAAUUGACUUGGAAGCACAAGAAUCCAUGAAAACAUUGGUCUCUUGGCCGCCUUGGUUCUAAGCACAACGUUCCCCACAGUUCUUCCUGUUUCAUGUCAGAAAGCAGUAGCAUGACGGCGUGUAGCCUGGCAAACGUGUUCUGUUGCAUCUAGCCAUGGCGCCAUUCCAUCCUGUUUUUAUCGUCCGAGCACAUUCCGCUGUAAAUACUGUACAUAGAGUUGAGACUCUAGUCCAGACGACGUGUAGGACCCCUGGUGAUGUAAGAUAAACGGUUUUGAGACGGUAGACCGACGUAUCGCUUCUUUCCAAAGUCCCCCCCUAAAAAAAGAGAAACAGGUUUUGAUACGCCUCCGGCGCAGUACUGGAGGCGACCGUUCGAUGUUACGAGAGGACUUAUCUGUGCGCAGCCAUGUGAAUGUAUAUUUCUGAGGGUGUUACAAAAAAUCUUGUUGACUUGUGAUGACCCAGUGAAGUAACUUGUAUUUGUUUUACGCAUUAAAUGAGUUCAAUAGUCGUCUGGGUCGCAGUCUUUCUCUGUGCUCAUGCUCCGGUCCUGGUCGCCCUCCACUGGAGCAGCAGCCGCUCUGCUCCCAGUUCCUCAUGGGUGACUGAGGCCUGGGAGCCUUUUGAAACACCACAUCAUAUUUCAUGGACAUGAAGUCAUUUAGCAACCGUCCAGUUGAGUCCUUUUCUCUCUACAUGGACGUGUUUGCCCUUCGCCGACUCGGUGACUGAGAUUCCUCUGAACAUCUACAUAUUGGAGUGUUCCGCCCUCUCUGAGGAAUCCAAACAGUGCAGAGGAGCUCACACUUCAGAUUCCAUCUCCGGUGAAAACAAACCAGGAAACAGAAGCUUGUGUCUCCAGCUGCUAAUUAGAGAGCAGCGCCUGAUGACACGGUGCUGACGUGACUAGAGACUCGUCCUCAAGUGGAAACACCAGCUGAGUCUGGUGGUCCAAUAGUGGCCCGCGACAUCUCUGAUGAACAAACCAGCAUCAUGUUAUAACAGUUGAAUCAUCAGGAGUCCAUGGACUAGUCAUAAUGAGAGGUUUGGUUGGAGCCUGUCUCGGGUCACAUGGUGCUAGAGAGCAUUCAGCCGUGGUCUGCACCACCUUCUCACCAACACACGUUUUUACUUUCCAAAGGUCGUCCAGGCAAACAUGGCCAGCGUGACACGCGUCGUGGUUCUCCACACCCAAGUAGUAGGAGUAGAAUAUUUUGUGUCUUUUUUUUCAAUUUACUGUUUUUACUAUUGCUGUUACACUUAUAUUUCAUUUAUGUAACUGUUUUCAUAACCAUUUCUAGUCACAACAAGCAGAAGCUCCUGAGUGCAUCAUCACUCUCUGACUCUCAUGAGUCAGCUUCAGCAGUUAUAUAGAAAGACUUGACCAAAACUUCAUCGCUGGUUUGGUUUUGUUCAAGUAGCUUCUGGUUUUCUUUCAUAGCACCUUAUUUUAGAAACUUGUUUAAGUUUUAUUUGAACCGAGAGCGUAGUCAUCCUCAUUUUUGGAAAACCACUGAAAAAACAGAAGUUCUUUUGCAUGGCAACACAUCCUGACAAUUCUGUUUUGGUUUGAUAACUUUUUUUAAAAUACUGUUAUUUAACAUAGAAAACCGAAGCGAAAGGCUGAAGCUCCUGGAGGCAUCGUCCCUCUCUGACUCUGACUGGUCAGCUUCUGACAGCAGCAGGAGCACGGGAAUGUCCAACCAUUCUGGCGGCACCUGAACGCCUCAUACCUGCCACCAGCCGCCGGUGCAUUCAUGUCGCAGGUGUUGUGUGCGAGUCACAGAGCUGAGUCACGACUCUCGGAGCAGUCGAGUCAGUGAAAGCCGGUGAGUGCGACAGAAAUCAAGGGCCAGGACUGCACUGGUGUGCAGUGUGGCCCCGCCGCCCCCUCCUCACGGAGAAAGUCAAUUCUAUCCCAGUCCGUGUAAUGAAUCGGUAAUUAUUUGGAUUAACCCGAGAUCAAUCUGCUGAAAUUAUUAUUGCCUAUUAUUCUGUAAAUGAGACGGCUGGUAAACAAACUGCUCGCGUCCCAUGAAUAAAUUAGCCCACGCCUUGAGGGACGCUUCUCUCUCUGUCUCGCACACACACACACUCUCGGCCCUCCAUCUCCAGAGCCGGUCACGGCCCACGUGGCUCAGCUCUCCAGCUGUGCGUUAGCGCUCUCCAAUUAAACUCUUCCGUCCCAGAGCAGAACCGAGGGGCUAAAGCCGAGCCAGGAAAGUGCUGACACCCUCAUCCGCAAACCCCUGCUGGGAUUUCUCACUCCCCGCCACCAUUUACUCGGCAGCCUGCCUCGUGUGUGUGUGUGUGUGUGUGUGUGUGUGUGAGGAGGAUGUAGAAAGCAUCAUCCGCUUGUUGUGAGAAAACUGCAGAUGUCGUCCUUGUACGCCGUUUGGGACGCAGCGCUGCCGUCGCUAGCUCUCUCCAGCUUAGACUUCACUGGUCUACUCAGAGGUGUUUAAUCUUCCGGGGCGUUUCCUACCACUCUCUUCAUCGUGGAACCUCUGAGCCAGCGUGGCGCCAUCCUCGUCGUCUCUCGUUGCACGCUGAAGUCGUCCUGUUAGCAAGGAGCUACUUGCACUUUAGCUGUCCUCGGGGAUGAGCGUUGGCGACAGCAUCGUGUAAAUGCUGUGCCAGACAAUGGUGGUGCCGUUCCUGAACUGUCCUUCAGGGUGUCUUCGCAGCAGAAGAUCAACCUGGAAGUGAAGCUAAAUGUUCCGUCACUUUGUGUAGCUGAGGCCGGACAGUCUGCGUUCAUGCUAGCAGUUUGUGCUACUUUGUAUAAUGCUAAUCAAUGUGACAUUGUUUAUUGCGAUUAGCUUUUCUUUACCAUGUUGUUAUUUUUGUGCUAAAAAAUUUCGAAUAUAGUAUUUGUUUUCAAUUGUGUUUAUUCCCUUUCCUUCCAUUUCUUUCUGUUUGUCUGUUCCCUUCAUUGGUUCUUUUACUCUGAGGUUCAAUGAAGUGACGAUGGUUUCACGAUGGUGCUAUUCCCGAACCAUCCUGUCCUACAUGUCUAAGAGCUUUAUUUUCCAGCCUUUUAGUCACUAAAUGUGUUGUUCACGAUUGAGUUGCGUUGAGAACUGGUCGUGCUGUUGGUGUUGAUUUCCUCAGGGGGCGGAGUCACUGUUUGAGUCCCCACUAGCUGGGGCUCUGCCCAUUGUGUUGAGUGAGAUUCGACAGUGAUGCUAGUCGCUGCUGCUACGUGAUCAUGGUGCGCGUUCGUCGACAGUCUUGCAGAGGACAAUGGCUUCUGACAGCGGGUCAGCGGUUCUGCAUGUAUAUGCUGAUGAGUCCGGCCCACUUGCUGUGGACGUGGACUGGCGCUGACACCAGUGUACGCCGAUGAAGCGGCGGGAGUCGAUAGUGGAGCAGGAGAGUGUGUGUGGCUCCUCACUUGGACUCAGCGGUAUCAGCGGCUCCAUUGAUUCUCUGCAGUCAGCAGGUUCUGUGGAGCAGCGUGAGAGACGUGGAGGGAGAUAGAUGAGGACUCUGAAGCUCGGAGUUCAUCACUGUAACAUUCAUGAGGUGGACACACGACAUGUGAUGCUCAGCUGUGGGCUGCCGAGGGGGAAACGGACGAAGAGCGGCCUGAACCCCACCGUUCAGCAGCACCAAGCCAGUGUCCAGAAGCUGUGAUCUGCCACUCAUAUGGAAUAAUAAUAUACGUUUGGUUUGUAUUCCAAGUAGUGUAUUUGUUGUGUAGAGUAAUUUUCAUAUACAUUCAUUCAUGUUUUUUGAGUUAUUGCAUUUCAUUGUUGAAUUUAAUGAUUUUGUUGUUGUGUUUUGGGGCCUCCUCCCAGCUGAACUAGUCCAGGAGACAUCCUAACACCUGCCUCCUCCUGGAGCAGCAGAUGUUCUCUUCUGAGUCUCUCCUGGAUGACUGAGCUUCUCUCUCCCAGAGAGACUCUUGUUCUCUGAGUCACUCCAAAGCUGGUGACCACAGGUGAGAGGAAAAACCCAGCGGUCAGUGGAGAGUUCUGUCUCCUGGCUCAGCUCUUUCUUCACCAGCUGACUGAAGACCUCCCUGGGUGACUUGCUCUCCUCCAGCUGGGUGACACAGUAAAACCGUUUUGUGACCAGGGAGGCUGGACCACAGGAAGUCUCUGCGGCAGCCUGACCUCAUCCACAUGUUUACAGCAGCUCCAGCUCCAAAUGUUCCCAGCAGUCCGAGAAAACAAACGCUUGGAUCUGUAUUUCUCAUCCUGCAGACCUAAACACAGAGAACCACUUCACCUCAACACAAGAAUCCCACAGGAGCCCUGCUGCGCGGCUAAAACACACUGUAGCCCUCACCAGCUCGUGUAUGCGCCUCCUGAAGAAAAAUGAUGAAACAGACAACAGCAUUCUGUUUAUGAAGGAGCCAUGCAUGGAGAAACAUGUUCUUCAUGUUCUUCAUCAACAUGGAAGCGUGAAGCUUGUCCACAAAGGAUCUCUCUGGAUUUGUCUGAACUCUCCUGCUCUGACUGUCGCUGGUGUUAAAGUUGGGCUCUGGGCCAUUCACCGUCUUCAUCAUUCUCCUGGUCACACCUUCAUCCUGAACUUCACUGGUGGUUCUCCUCUCCAUCAUCUCCAACACUUUUGGUCCAAGCACGUGUCCAAGCUGCCGGCUUCCAAACUUCUCCACAUGUCCCUCAGAUAGACUAAUGUCCCACCUUCUCCUUUCUCCACAUGACAACCUCAACAUCUUCAUUUCUGACUCUUCUGACUCUUAAUAUUAUAUCAAGAAAAAAAGAAAAGAAAUUUUAAAUCCAUAUUUCCAUUGAGACUGAAGUUGAAUUCAACGUCUGCGAUCGAAGCGCUUUGUUCGUAAUCGGAGGCCUUCAGCACGUCAAUGAAGGCUACACAAGAACGUUGGUUUUAGUGCCAGACUUCAAGUCGAGCUUCUACAUGUGACACUGUGUUUUUCAUCCUUCAGUAGUUAAAGAAAUAUUAUCUACAAUUCAACGGUUCUGACAUCCUUAACUGUGAUGUUUUUCAGUACUGUGUGAAAUUGUGCAGAGUAUCAUGAGCAUGUUGGAAUGGCAUCAUAGUCUGGUGUUGGAGGGGGUCAGAUCAGGACUCACCCCGAGCCUGGACUCGGACCCCCUCCCUCUGCUGGGUUGAGGGUGAGAUGACCUCACCCACGCCUCGCUUUAUGCUAGUUUAAACAUGAACCUCUUCAGUCUGGUUUAUCAAGAGAGCAGCUGGUUAGCUAGAGUUAGCUAGCAGCGAGUAUCUUAUUUGCUUACUUAACGCAAACGUUAAAAGAAGGGACUGAAAAGGUGCUUCACUGCUGCAAAGAGGCGUAAGGAAGCAAACACCAGGGGCAGACGGCGACGGCACUUCAUCAGCCCUAAUGUUUUGUGAAGGAGCCUCAUAAUGAAGCGAUUGUUCAUCCGUCAGGUGAUGUCUCUUAUUUUAGCCGCCGCCGUCUUUGCCGGUGUCCGAUCCUGUCAUCUAUUUUCUGGCCAGCAUGAAUCUCUUCUCUUGUUCCUCCUGACACCCGACAAAACUCAUCGCCUCUGAGGGAAUUGGAGUGGAGGCUCUGGUUUUGUUCUGGCACUUCUUUCAGCGGCGGCCAUCAAUCAGGUGAUCUAUUGUAUGGACCUUUCGCUAUUCCAUUCACGGCAGAAAACGCGGACACUACAAAGGUGUUGAGGGUGUGUCGGGUACAUUAUGGGCCGGGCUGAAGACUUCAUCAUGCUCCUGCUGUGGACGUGAGGCGACCCUGAAGCUCAUAUUAGCGCUGGCUUGUUUGAGGAAUGAACGUGCCGCGGAACCCAGGGAUUGAAAACAGAGGGAUCUGCUGCUUUGAGAAACAAUAACCGCUGUUGUGAUUCCAUUUCUAUAUUUGUUAUUGUCACGCUCCUUUGUCUGGCUGCUUCCUAGUUCAGGCACAAGCUCCCUCACUGCAGGAUUCACCUGUGGACCAGCAGAACUGGACUCUGCUUCGCUUCAACACUAGCCGCCAUGAGUUUCCUCCAGUCUGGCUGCAAAAGAGCAGCAAAAUGAGGGCAGUGGUCAUAAUGUUUUGGCCCAUCCAUAAACCUCAACUCUCAAAGGUCUUCAAAUAAGAGCUCAGUUUUGAGCGGAGCAAGUUCCUUUGGAUCACUGAGGUUUUGAGUUUCGCUUCUCGGCCCCACGACGGCGCUGCUGGCUGGCAGCUUCUGCUCCGAACAAUGGAAAAGUUUGUUUUAGGUUUGGCAGAAAGCAGCUUCUUCUGUGACGAGCUCUUGGUUCUGAUCCAAAGUCUGUUCUGUACAGAUCGGAGCUUUGCCAGCGAGUCACAGCUCAGGCAGCAUCUGCUCUCCGUCGACCAGCGUCAGGUUUCAGGGUUCGGCUCCACCUGGCUGCGUCACUGAUGCAGCUCCGUCGCUGACCUCACUUCCAGCCUCACUUCAUCUCUGCUCCUCUGCUACGAGGGGACAUUAAAGCACAAGCCCCGGCCCCCGACACGGGCCCCUCCGCGGGCCACUCUGGCGCCCACACAGUCGGCUGCUGUGGAAGAGUUUUGUCAGCUGUGGAGGGGGAGUGGGCACUGACACGCUGACUGCAGAUGUCCCGGGUGAGUCAUCACACCGGGGCAGCAAAUGCCUCAACCAUCUACAGUAGGAGUCACAGCCAGACAGAGUGAAGAGGUGGGCGACACAGGAGGACGUGAGGAUAGCGAAGAAACGUGGGUCACCAGGGUGACCUCUGCUGGAACCAAGAGUCGGAACCCGUCACCGGAAACUGGAGCGUCCCGCUGGUUAGCAACCAGCCUGUCUUCCAGCUCAGUGAAGGACAGCCUGGUGUUUGUCCUGACUCAAACCUCCUCUGUGACGCCGCGGCGCCAGAGGAGCAGAAAAGAGCAGGAGGAAGCAGCCGUCUGAUUGGUCACCACGGUGGCGCCCGGGUUUUUAACUCCUCAGUCAGAUUAGAGGACCGACUCCUUUGAGGUCUCUCACAUAAAGCCUUCCUCUGCCAGCUUGGCCUCGAGAGGCUCCUCUGAAGUGAUUAAGUUCAUCUGCCGCUCACUUAUCUCGUCCCUUGAAGCCCAAGCGUUUGAGGGAGCAAUUAGUCAGCGUGGACGUGAGCGAGAAUCUCUCUCGCCAUAUUUCCACUGUCAAAUCUCCCCUGCUGGAAGAGCAGCGGCAGAACCUGCAGAGUUUGACUUGACUCCAUGGACAGGAGCUUGAUGUGUUCUUCUCCCACCAGCAGCAAAGGUCCUCCUCUUGCCUUCAUGAACCUCAGGGCUUGUCUUCCUCUUCUUCUCCUCAUCGGAAACAUUCUUAAUGCUCCUCCCAGAGAAGACAUGAGGAGGCUCAUGUGAAGAAGCCUCCUGGGCGAGUGAGAUGUUCGAUCUGGAGGAGACCACGGGGCAGACCCAGGACACGUGACAUGUCUCCGCUGAAGACCUGGAGGAGGUUACAACUAGACCUCUGAUUUAGACAGCAGAUGGAUGAACUGAUCUGGUUAUUGCUCCUCAACAGUGGUGGAGAACCUGGAGCCUUACUUCUAACUUCAUCUUCUCAACAUGGACGACUCACAAGAACCUGAGAUGUCCGUGGAGAAAAGAAGGUGGAUGACUUCUGAUCUUGAGAGCCUGCAUGUUUCAGGUUGUAGUCUCUGAACACGCUCUGCUAAAACAAUCAAGCGCUGCAGAGCUAAAGUGUUCCAGAGCCCCGUCCCUAACCGCCGCCCCGGUCUGAAUCCCCCUCCGGCACCGCAGCCUGGCAGAGCAUUAACAUGUGAGACACGAGUGGUCCUGCCAAGAGAAAGCUGGAGGAGGGGCUGCGGGCGCUGGGAUGACCACAGCCUGGAAUUUCUGUGCUGUUUGUCAUCCACACGGAGAAAAGCGAAAGCAGAUGUGGAGACGAGGGACAGAGAGGGAAGGUGGAGGAUCACGCUCGGCUUCAAACAAACCUUGGACUCCAGGAAGCGGCCCGAGUCAGUGUCACACACCAAGCUCGGUCGCGUGCUGCCGGCGGUUUCUCCUCUCGCCUGCAUCUCCAGUAGCAGCAGGCAGCUGUUUUCAAUAAGAGCAAGGCUCUGCAGGCUACCUGCCCGCCACCGAGCCCACGGGAACCAGACCAUCACGUGCAGCAGCCCCACGGGCGCUGGAGGUCCACUCACUCUGCUCCGAGAGGAGGAGGAGGACCAGCGUGGCUCUUCAGCAGUGAAGAAUGUUGAGCUACAGAAAAAAGAUUUAAAUAAUUUACUGGAUGUUCUGUGAGGAAAAUAAACAAAUAAAGUACAUCAUAAAUAAGAGAGUGAGAAAUGCAAAACACACCAAAAUAAAUUUAUAUUUUUGGAUACUGUACAUUUGGAAUCCAAAAUAAUAUUGACUGAAGAAUGAUAAAAGAAACAAAUAGCUAUUCGUAAUAAAAUGUAUAAAUGAGCAAAUGAACCAGAGUAGUCAAAUAAUAAAGGAAGAGUAUAUAACAAAUAAAUACAUGAAACAUACAGUUUACAUAUGUAUUAAGAAUAUAGGAAAAUAAAGAAAGGAGUGUAGCUUUGGAAAACCUUGGAAAAACAUUCUUAAAUGACUAUGAUUCAUGACAAUAUGGAAUCAUGAGAAAUUAAUUGUGAAAUAUACAUAGAAUUAAUACAUUUUCAUUUUUUAUUUAUUUAUUUAUUUAUUUUGACGUUCUCAACACUUUCACUCUGAUCCUGGAUUGAGGGUGUGAGAUGAAGCAGGAAUGUGAACGUGCGAGUCUUUGUGUGGCACAUGAUCAGACUGAUGCGUGUGGGGUCACGGGGCCCGGCUGGGUCACAGGCUUGGCCGGGUCUCAGCUGUGAGGCGUCUGGCCUCCUGCUCCGUGUCGAGGAUGAUGCAGCAGGUGAGAGACGGAGCUGCAGAGCUUGACUCACGCCGGUUCACAAAGAUGGCCGACGUUGUCGUCGUGAUUCAAAGCAGCUGAGGGGAGGAGAUCGGCAGCUCCUCCACCUCUGGAUUAAUCGACCUGCGGCCCCUCACACACACACACACACACACACACACACACAGGUUCUGGUGAGGAGCUCCUUCAAAGCCUUGUUAAACCAGAUGAGCGGCUAAAUUAGAAGCCGCAAUCCCAUCAGCGAGUCUUGAAUAAAGCGUGGGACGAUGGUCCUCCCUUCCAAUCCUGCCGCCUAUUGGCAGAGGCUUAAUGAGGUCAAGUGCAUGAGGCGGAAUCCUGCGAGCCUCACUGAGGAGAUGAUCAAUAGAGGCAGGAUGGUGAAAGAAGUGGUGUCUGUGAGCUGUGAGGCUCCAGGAUGAUUGAUCCAACUCUUCUUGCUCUCCGCCUGUCAACUUUAUGUGAGCCUGCAUUGUGUUCCCUAAGUCCCAAACAACAGCUUCUAUUUUCAGCCGUGACGCAGUGGGAGAUGUUCUGGUGGUGUUGGUCGCUGGACCUGGACCAGCUGCGCUGGAACCAGAGUCUUCUGGCAGGAGUGGAGCGACGAGGAGGGGGGUGCUGCUGCAGCGUGAGCUCCAAGUCUGGAAGCACUUUGCAGUUUCAGAUUAGUGACGAUGCCCUCUGCUGGAGGCAGUGGCCUGGAUGCAAGCGGAUGUAGGUCACUCAAGAAAAGAGGUGCAGCGUCUGGAGUCCUGAGUCGAAGUGGGAAUGAAGGUGCAUGACUGAAACCUUAACUUGGUUCUCGGGCGGCUGCAGGGUGAGACGGGACGUGUCGCUGACCUCUUCAACAGGACCAGAGGAGGUCCUCGAGUCAGGUCCACACCAAGCCAAGAACAGAAGAAACAGAGACCCGGAAGUGAGAAUAAACUCAGACAGGAAGUGGUUGUGGUGAGGCCGCUGCACUCUGAUGCACUGGGAAUAUGCAGAUGAUGCCGCACUGUUCUAGACCUGAACGCUGAGCUGAGACUCGGCUUGGCUGAGGGAAACAAAUGGGGCUGAAACGGUCAGCUGGGCCAAACCCACCCUUCAUGGUAUGCUAACACGCUAACAACUGACGCGCUCUGGCCGCCCGCCGCAUCAACAAGACCCGGGCACACACUGGUUCUGUAUCCACCCACAUGAGGGAGACAGUGGAUCGGCUUCUUCUUCAUGAAGUCCAGGACUGGAGUCAUUUGAGCAGAUGAAACGGCACUAGACUUUAUCAAAAGUGAGGCAUCCAGCAGAGGGCGACCAACAGACCUCAUGGAUGUGAGCACGGAUGAGUGCUGUUCAAACCAUCCCUCCAAACACUUCCUUCCUUUCUUGUUAAAAACUGACAGAGAGUCACGCCCCUCCCUCCCCUCCUCCCUCCCAGUUCACGGCCUAAACAAACAUUCCUUGAAAUGAAAGUGUAAACCAUCUUUCAGAGCUUCUGAGUCCAACUGUUUGUGUUGUCCCGAGCUCAAGACGUCUCAGGUUUCCCCGCAGUCAGAGGUAUUCCCAACAACCUCCUGGAAAAUCAAAAGCAUCAACUUUUCCAAGGACUUGCACAAUGCCUUCAGAGGGUCGUCUUUCUUUCCUCUCCCCUCCCCCCCAGACUCUGAUCCCCCCCACCCCCUCGCAGUGUUCCCACCACAGAUCGUUCUCCGUGACCGCAGCAGUAUUUAGUGAAAGGAAGACGCUCCAUCAAAACA